GUAAAACAGCUGUUACUGGAUCCCUGUUUCUCGAAAAGGAUUACUUUUGUCGGGUUGACGCUAUACUUUACCAAACAUGUCUGAUUCGUAUUCAGUGUUUACCUUCUCUGCUGACCCUCCGCCGGCAUCCCCGGUAAGGGUUUAAAACGGCAGCUUCAAGGUGGUGUGGAGGCAAAACUGAACAACCCUAUUGUUUAAUUGAUCUCUCUGUACUGGAUCGAUUGUGGUUUUGGCUCUUUAGUGCUUUCUGAUUUUGAACAAUCUGGAACCCAACAUGUCUUGCUUGGCUUUUCUUCACACGCAGUGGAGCUGAUAACAAUAUAAAUGUGGAUAUUUCCUUUCUUGGCGACUGAAUCUGUUGUUCAAGUUGAAUUGCAUUUUAUUAUGUUACGGGCAUUUAAUUGAUUUUUUUUUUAUUUUUUGAAUAAUUUCUUAGGUGAAGCAGAUUAUGUUUGUUGGGUACAUUUGGAAGCUGGUUUGGGAUCUCCAUAGGUUGUGCUUUAUUGGUAGUUUUCCUAGAAUCGUGCUCAACUGCCCCUUUGUUGGCAGCAACUAUGCUACCCACUGGGACGAAAGAAACCCAACUUCGUGACAGCAACAGCCAGAAGGUCCAUCCGCAACCCAUGGAAGAGGCCAAGCAGACCACAGAAGCUUUUGAAGCCAUGGUAUCCAAAAUUUUCAAUGACAUCUCCUCUCUGAAGUCAGCUUACAUCCAACUCCAGGCUGCCCAUACUCCCUAUGACCCUGAAAAAAUUCAAGAUGCCGAUAAAUUAGUGGUUUCUGAGCUGAAGAACCUAUCUGAGCUUAAACAUUUUUACAGGGAAAAUAACCCAAAACCAGUAUGUGUUUCUCAUCAAGACUCUCGUUUGGCUGCAGAGAUUCAGGAACAACAGAGCCUGCUAAAAACAUAUGAGGUUAUGGUAAAGAAAUUCCAAUCUGAACUUCAGAAUAAGGAUUCGGAGAUUCAUCAGUUACAGCGGCAGAUUGAAGAGGCAGACCAAAAGCGAGCUAAACUGGAAAAAAACCUCAAGCUUAGGGGUUUGUCAACCAGAGAAUCUGACGGUUCUGGAGAUGAAAGUGGACUUUUUCAUGUUGAUCUAACCCCGGAUCUCUUCACAUCAACUGUGGAAGCCGCCUUUAAAGCAAUUCAUGAUUUUUCUAAGCCGUUGAUUAACAUGAUGAAAGCUGCUGGGUGGGACCUUGAUUCUGCUGCUAAUUCAAUUGAACCAAAUGUUGUAUAUGCAAAGAGAGCUCACAAGAAAUAUGCAUUUGAGUCUCAUAUAUGCCAAAGGAUGUUUGAUGGAUUCCAGCACGAAAGCUUCUCCAUCAAAUCAGAUAAUCUUACUGCCAGUAAAGAGAGUUUCCUCAACCAAUUUCUUGCUUUAAGAGAAAUGGAUCCACUGGACAUUCUUGGUCAAAACCCGGAUUCUAUCUUCGGGAAAUUCUGCAGGAGCAAGUACGUAGUUGUGGUCCACCCAAAGAUGGAGGCUUCAUUCUUUGGAAAUUUAGAUCAACGCAAUUAUGUAAUAGGUGGUGGGCAUCCAAGGACUCCUUUCUAUCAGGCAUUUCUGAAACUGGCUAAAUCCAUAUGGCUUUUGCACCGGCUAGCUUAUUCAUUUGAGCCGGCUGUUAAAAUCUUUCAGGUUAAGACAGGUAGCGAGUUCUCAGAGGUUUAUAUGGAAAGUGUUUUGAAGAAUUUGAUAGUGGAUGAGAAUGAAGAGAAACCUAAGGUGGAGCUUAUGGUUAUGCCUGGUUUUUGGAUUGGGGGAACUGUGAUUCAGAGCAGAGUUUAUCUCUCUGGUGUGAAGGUUACCGACUGAAGUCUGUAGUACUACAGUCUAAUGCUUGUGUGUUUGUAACUUAGAUAUAGUAUUGUUGCUUUUCCUUGGAAAUUUGAACAUGCUACUGCUUUAUAUUUUUUUCCCCUUUUUUCCCUUGUGUAAUUGUAAUAGUUGUUGUAUGGGAUGUGGAGCUUUUUAUAAGGUUACCGACUCUUCAACACUUUCAGAACCUCCCAAUCCCACUUUUUUCUUUCUUGAGUCUGCCUGUAAGUCUGUAACAGGGAAACUGCCUUUUUUCUAGUAUAUAUGUUGUUUAGCCAUGGAGCAUGAUGAAAUUUGUUGGU